UCAGUCGACGCUAUAGAGCUGAUGAGUGUUAAGUGAUUAAUGCUGGUUCGAGUUGAUUGAAUUCGAUUGGCGGUCAGCAUAUCCGAAGAGACCGGAGCCAUAAACACAGAGCAGAAUGGAUAUUUGGCACGACGCGAUGUUAUGGAUGUGUUCAUUUUGUGGGCUGUGUGUUUUGUUGUACAUUUGCACCGUAAGAGCUAAUCUUAAGCAGUGGAAAGGACGGUUAGGUCAAACCUUUAGUCUGACUUUAAAGCCAAAUCCUGCAGGAAACCUUCCAGUUUCGGUGUACAUAAUCCAACCGGACGCAAAGUAUGGCCCAAGUUUGGUGCAUUUAAAUUACGACAUUGUGUUGCAAGAUACGAAGAUUCGGGAACAGACACUUAAGCUUGAUAAUAACUUCCUACAUGGAAGUACAAAUAACUUAGUGUAA